AAAAAAAUGCUGAAAUAGAUAUGUUACCAAAAUCGUCGAAAUGUGGAUAGUGUACUCUGUAAUACUGCAUAUCGUUCUGUUGGGUUCGAUAUUCGUGAUAUAUUUUCGUUCUCCCGUCAUAACUGGUCUACAACCUCAACCUGCAUUAACUCUGCAGGCUCCUGCAAAACGUUUAGUGUUAUUUGUGACCGAUGGCCUAAGAGCUGAAUCAUUUUUUCAUAAUCAGUGUCAGCACAUUCCACAUCUUAAGCAAUUAAUACUCAAAGUGGACAAUGGUUUGGUAGGCGUUUCCCAUACUAGAGUACCCACGGAAUCAAGACCAGGUCAUAUAGCUCUAAUAGCCGGUCUCUAUGAAGAUCCAUCGGCCGUGACCAGAGGUUGGAAGGAGAAUCCCAUUGAAUUUGAUACGGUGUUUAAUCGUAGUAGCAAAACAUAUGCCUGGGGUGCCCAUGAUGUUCUGCAUAUAUUUUCCCGUCUAACCAAAGCUGAUGAGAAGCGUUUGUUAUUUGAUUCGUAUUCCCAUGAAUUGGAUUUCUCUGGCAAGGAGAAAACCUAUGAGUUAGAUCAAUGGGUUUUUCAACGUGUGAAAAAACUGCUGGCCAGAAAAUCACAAGAAUUGCAGCAUGAGCAGAAAGUCAUAUUCUUUUUGCAUUUGCUGGGCCUGGAUACGGCUGGACAUGUGCAUAAACCUGGCUCCGAGUUAUUUAUAGAAAAUCUUUUAUACACCCAGGAGGGUGUAACCAAGAUGUAUGAACUUUUUGAAAACGUCUUCAAAGAUGGCCAAACCGCCUAUGUGUUGACCUCAGACCAUGGCAUGACAAAUGCAGGUUCCCAUGGAGCUGGCGACAAGUAUGAAACCGAGACACCUUUCUUCAUUUGGGGAGCCGGUGUGAAUGCUCAGCCAAACAAAGCCAAAGAGCAAUACCAGCUGAACGCCAAUACAUAUCAUCCCUUGUAUCGUAUGGAACAAGCUCAAAUGGCCCCAUUAAUGUCCGCUUUGUUGGGCAUUGCUACACCCAUGAACAAUUUUGGCACUCUUCCCUCGGAGUUUCUUAACACCUCAAUGGAAUAUAAAUAUCAAGCAGCUCACAACAAUGCCCUUCAGCUGGUGGAGCAAUACAUGGGGCUGUUGAAACAACACCAAAGGGGAUGGCUAGCAGCAUAUAUGCCCAAAUAUGCCAGCAACAUCACAGCCAAAUUGGAGUAUAUUGAGAAACAGGCUACAUUCAAAUCCUUUUCCAAGGCCCUUGAGGGUAGCAAUGAACUAAUGCAGGCAGCCCUACAGGGCAUUGACUAUUAUUUCGGCUAUUAUCGCUGGCCUUUGCUAAUGGCGACUACUGCAACUUUUGUGGGAUUUUUGGCUCAUUUAUUAUCUCUUUUGCUGGAUACUAGAAUGCCGAAGAGACCACUUCAAGUUUCAUCAGGAAAUAGACUUCUUGUGUUGGGCCUCGGUUUGGUGGUUCUAAGUUUUUGUAUAUUGCAAAAACUUGCAUUGGUUAUAAGUUUUUAUCUUCUAGUGCCAGUGGUGGUGUGGUAUUAUUUUAUCACUUCCCAGAAAGCAAGUUUGCGUUUAAACCUAAAUGUCAGAGAGGUGUUACUGCUGCUGGCCUGCGCUGAGCUUUUAGUCUACACAUUCUUUGAGAGGCGGGCCAUAUCUAUGGGAUUCCUGCUGUUUAGCAUUUAUGAAAAGCUACACAAAGAAGCCUAUCGCAACAAAGCCAAGUUUGUGUUGGGUUUGUUCACUAGCAUAGUCUUGGCUAUAUUUCCCUUACUGCCACCUUCCGUAGGUUACUCCAACAAUGCCCUGCUCUAUCUGGGCAUAUUUUUAACCGUUUUAAGAUCAAUGUUGGUAAAAACUGCCAUUGGUUUUAGAGACAAGACAGUGGUUUUUACUGCUCUGGCUAAUGCCUGCCUAUGCAUUUACAUGCACUCUCAGCAAUACGGAAUAUAUUUGAUUUCGCAAAUUAUUUCUUGGGCAUUUUUGGUCUAUGUGAUGGCUUCGGUGCUUAUAAGACCUUUGGAAGUGUCGCUGAAACAACGCUUGGAAAAGAUGAUAUUCCUCUUGACGUCAUUGUAUUGCUUGUUUUGUACUUCCUAUGAGGCCGUUUUCAUUUUGUUGUUAAUUACCGAACUGAUUUCCUUGGUAGAACUAGAGAAAUUUGCUUUCAAUCUUGGCUCUAAAUCCUCACCUGCCCAGCUGACACUGAGUUUUCGUUACGCCUUUGUAAUGAUUCUGUAUACUUUCUUUUCAUUUUUUGGCACCGGCAACAUAGCAUCGAUCAGUUCAUUUGAUCCCAAUAUAAUACGUUGUUUCCUUACAACCUUCUCCCCCUUUGUCAUCAUGAUUUUGGUUAUUGUCAAAUUGAUAAUACCACUGCUAUUGAUUAUGUCCUCCAUAUUUGCUCUCUCUCCAUUUGCUGUCAGCAAUGAAAAGAAUAUUUUCAUUUGCCUUUUAAUGCUAUGCGAUGUGAUGGGCUUGAAUUUUCUCUUUUUGGUGAAAAAUCAAGGUUCUUGGUUGGAGAUUGGUUCGUCCAUAUCACAUUUUGUUAUAAUGCAAGUCACCACAGUGGUCUUGGCUCUAUUUGUUUAUUUAUCCAAGUAUUUAUUGAAAAUUCCAAAGAGAAAUGAAAACUAAUGGCGUAUAAAUUGUGACCAUUGUGACAUUAAUUUACCAUAAACAUUUUAGUUUAUAAAAAAAAAAACUGUUUUGUAAAUGUAUAUGUAUUAGAUUUUGUAUUCCGCUUUUAUUACUUCUUUAUAAAUAAGUCUUUUAUUGUGACAAACGGCAUUUUAAGUAUUUAAAAGUAAGAUAAUUGUAUGACUCCAUUUUCUUGCUGUGACUUUAUAAGAGGACCUCCUCAAUAAUAAUU